UUGUCAUUGAACAAAGCGUACCUCUAAAGUACUGAGUAUUAACUAACUCCUAUAUAAUACAUCUUCAUGAAAUAAUUCUAUUACUGAUCGUUGUUUAGCUAGUUUCCAUUCUAAAGUGAUGGCGUUUUCUCUGUACCUCGUGUUAGCAGUUUGUGGAUUAGUGUCUGCUCAGACUCCUCACCAGGUAAAGGCUCUCGUCAACAAUCUUCUCUCAGAUUACGACAAGAGAGUUCGGCCUGUGGCGGACCAAUCAUUACCGGUGAUUCUAGACGUCAGUUUUAAUCUCAUCAGUAUCAUUGGUGUUGAUGAAGUAAACGAGAAGCUAGAAACGUCCGGUUUUCUUACGAUACAGUGGGAUGACGCCAUUUUGACUUGGGAUUCCGCAACGAAUAAUGACAUCUCCAAAAUAUUUCUGCCUCAGAACGACAUUUGGAAACCAGACCUGGUGCUAGGAAACGGAUUCAAAAAGUUUGAAGAGCUUGGAGGAUACUUCUACUACGUCGACAUUCUUAGUGAUGGAAAUGUAUUCUGGAAACCUUUCCAGGUCUUUCAAACUCUCUGUGCUGUCGAUACGAAGUAUUUCCCGUAUGAUAAACAAGUGUGCGAUAUCGUGUUCGUUGUAUGGAGUUAUACAGUACAGGAUGUGGAGAUUUUUAAGUCUGCAGAAGGGAUCGAUCUUUCCAACUAUAAGGAGAGUGGCGUCUGGGAAAUAACUUACACGGAAGCUAAAGUUAGCAAAAGUUCAGCUGAAUCCAAAGUUACGUUUUCAGUCCACAUAAAAAGAAAGCCUCUCUACUAUGUGCUCAACAUUAUUGCUCCAAUCUUGUUCUUGGGUCUCCUAACUAUUCUCGUUUUCGUCUUGCCCGUUGAUGCAGGAGAAAAGAUGUCAUAUGCAAUGACUGUCUUCCUGUCUUUCGCAGUAUUUUUAACCAUCAUUAGUGCCCAGCUGCCAGUUAGUUCAGACAGUACUCCUGUUCUAACGAUCUAUAUUUUGCUUCAGAUGACAAUGGGAGUGAUGGUGUUGGUGAUCACAGCCUUUCAAAUUCGUUUGCAUCACAGAGAUGAGACAGUUCCCUUGUCAAAAGUAUUUGAAAUAAUGGUAAAAGUUGAUAAAUGCUUGCGGUGUUCUAAGUCAUGUCGACCUUCAAAGAAUUUGAUGAUUUCUCCCACGCCAGAGAAGGACGAUCGAGCUAACAAUUAUCAGGAAACGCUCGAGGAAGAAAUUAAGAAAGGCCACACAGUUGAAUGGAAGGAUGUGACGUCUGCAAUAGACCUUUUGGCCUUCUGGAUCUUUCUCAUCUUGUAUAUUGUUCUGACAGCAUAUCUAUUCCUUUCUAUUGCAACGUAAAGAUAAAUAUUGUUCUCUGUAAAAACUAUUAUCAAACCACAGUAGAACAUUCUGAUAACUGUCAUUACAGUUUUUCAAUACAAUA